UAUAUUAUAGACUGUUAUCUUGCAGCUGGUAAAAUAUUUAAGAAUUAUAUUCAACUGGACUCCCUUUUGUUUGAAAUAUUGCAUCAAGAAGAAAAAAUGUGUACAAUGAUCAAAUAUGGAAGCACAGAAAGGACAAUAAGAUGGCAAGUAAUAUUUAGCUUUUUUCUAUUCCUUUGUGAGUCAGUUAUCUGUCAGCUCCAGUACUCAAUAUAUGAAGAACAGAGGCUGGGAUAUGUAAUAGGGAACAUUGCAAAUGAUCUGGGUGUUAGUGCUGAAGAACUGUCCUCACGUAAAUUCCAUAUUGUUUCUCGGUCCAAAAAACGAUAUUUAAAUGUUCAUUUAGAGAAUGGAGACUUGUAUGUUGCAGAUAGAAUAGACAGAGAGGAUUUAUGUGAAAUGCAACAAAAUUGUUUUCUAAAUAUUGAAGCAGUUAUGGAAAGCCCUUUACAUUUCUACACAAUCAAUGUGGAAAUUCAGGAUGUCAAUGAUAAUGCACCUAGCUUUUCAAAGGAUAUUUUUGAAAUUAGUAUUAGUGAACUGGCUGUACUUGGAGCACAUUUUGCUUUAGGAAGUGCAAAAGACCCAGAUCUUGGUAAUAAUUCUAUCCAGAGUUAUAAGCUCAGUGCAAAUGAUUAUUUUGGAAUGCUGGAAAAAAUUAAUACAGAUGGAAGGAAAUAUCCCGAGCUUGUUUUGGAGAAACCUUUGGAUCGUGAGAAAAAGAACUCAUCUGUUCUAAUAUUAUCUGCUUUUGAUGGUGGGACACCUUCUAAAACUGGAACUUCUCUAAUUAGGAUUGUGGUUACCGAUGUCAAUGAUAACCAUCCCUUGUUUAACAAGGACACCUAUAGAGUAACUGUUAGCGAAAAUGUCCCUAUAGGAUUCCUAGUUAUAGAUCUACAUGCAACUGAUGCAGAUGAAGGUUCUAAUGCUGAAAUUACAUAUUUAUUUAAUGACAUUCCAAAAAAGGCUCUUGAGAUAUUUGCAAUAAAUCCUUUGAACGGUUCUGUUCAAAUAACUGGAAAACUGGACUAUGAAGCAGCAACAAACUAUGAAAUGACAAUUGAAGCUAAAGAUGGUGGUGGCCUGGUGUCUUAUUGCAAGCUAUUAGUACAAGUUAGUGAUGUUAAUGAUAAUGCCCCUGAUAUAUUAAUUACAUCUUUCUCAGAUAUAAUUCCAGAAGACUCCCCAGUUGGUACAGUCAUAGCACUAGUUAAUUUAGAUGACUUGGAUUCUGGGGAAAAUGGAGAGGUUGUUGGACAAAUCUCUGAAUCUUUGCCUUUUCACUUAAUAUCAUCAAGUGGUAAUUACUAUAAACUUGUAACCUCAAUGGCCUUGGACAGAGAAACAACACCUGAGUACAACAUCACAAUUAAAGCAGAAGAUAAAGGAUCCCCUCAACUAACCAACAGCAAAACCAUUCGAUUGAUUUUAACUGAUGUGAACGACAAUGCCCCUGUAUUUGACAAAAUGGAUUAUGUUGCCUAUAUCAAAGAAAAUAAUCCCUCAGGAAAUUCAUUUUAUAGAGUCCAUGCUACAGAUCCUGAUAUAAAUGAGAAUGGAAAAGUGGUUUACAUGAUCCUUACUGAUAAUAUUGAAGACAUACCAUUAUCAUCAUACAUUUCCAUUAACACUGUAAGUGGAGUUUUAUAUGCACAGCGCUCAUUUGACUAUGAAAAGUUACGGGAAUUCAAUAUCCAAGUAAUGGCUAAAGACUCCGGAUCUCCUUCUCGAAGUGCUAAUGCCACAGUGAAGAUAUGUAUUACUGAUCAGAAUGAUAAUGCUCCAAAGAUUCUCUAUCCUUCACAAGACUCAGAAGCUGCCUCAGUAUUUGAAUUCAUUCCACACUUUUCUACAAAAGGAUAUUUAGUGACUAAAGUAGUUGCUGUUGAUGCUGAUUCUGGACACAAUGCCUGGCUCUCUUAUCACUUGCUUCAAGUUCCUGACCCUUCUUUUCUCAUUAUAGGGCAAAACACAGGGGAAAUCAGAAUAACAAGAGACUUGCAGGAGACUGAUGCUCUGAGGCAAAGAAUUGUAGUUAUGGUGAAAGACAAUGGCUAUCCCAUGCUGUCUUCUACAGUUACUCUAAAUCUAGUUGUGGCUGAAAACUUCCAGCAAGUUCUUCCAGAAAUAACAAACCAGCACAUUGAAACUGAUACUCGGUCGAAUGCAACAUUCUAUCUUGUUAUCUCUAUAGCUAUAAUUUCGAUUUUAUUUAUUUUUACAGUUCUACUUGCUGUCAUUUCAAAGUGCAGAAAACAAAGUUCUCCAACUGCUCUGCAUCCUCUAAGCAGAGACUUGUAUCCUCAAGUUGCUCUUCGAUGCCCUUCUGUUUUUAGUGAUGGAACUUUACCUUUUCCGUACACAUAUGAUGUUUGUGUAACCCUGGACUCAAGGCAGAAUGAGGUUGCAUAUCUUAAACCCGUCCAGAAUGUUCCAACAGAUAAUCUUAUUGAUACUGAUGAUUCUGUUUCUGCAAAUGAUCCUCCGAAGGACAUAAUUUCUGCCAGCAUUGCACAGGGAAAGGUUGGUUCAGGAAGCAAACAGGAUAGCCAAAAACAGGCAGGAAGGUCUGCCAAGAGCGAUGAAGUCACGUGUCGGUGGCGUGCCAUAAUAUGGCACUCCUGCACGAUGACAUUAAGGCCAUGGGCACUGCCAUCUUUACUUUUAACACAAAGCAAAGUGCUAACCACAACACCUAACUGGAGUGCUCCUGACACUAUAUAA